AUGCAAGCUGCUUCGUUUCGCCUUCCUUGGAGACAAUUUGCCGGAGCGCGUGGGGUACGCACAUUCCAUGCAUCCAUACCCACACAGAAAAAGAAGGCCAAGGUCGAAAUCGACGACCUCUUUGCUGAUCCCGAAAGCCAGGUGGCACCCUCUGCUGGCUCGAACGCUACUCCCCAAACGCAUGGCCGUCUAAAAAAACGAGGCUUGACGAGCGCGGCGCGUGUUGAACGUUUCAACCAACUUGUGGGCUUCGUUUCUCCCAGACUUGGACAGAAGCCCGAAGUCAAGACACCUAGAGUUCGGAAGAGUGCGUGGACUCAUUUGGUUGGCCUUGCAUCGACGCAGGAGCAACUCGAGAAGGUCGUCGAACUGUUGCCGAAAUGGAAGGAUAUGGAUUGCGAGUUUGGGGAUAAGUUUGGGGACCUUCUAGCGCGGCGCUGCGACGAGCUUUCUUGCCCCCUACUCGCCCUCAAAGUGUUUGGCGACUACUCCAGGUAUGGGGUGAAGAUGAAACUCGUCGCCGGGCGGCGGCUCAUCCAUUCUCUGCAUAUGAAAUAUCCGAUCGAAGACACUAUAGCCGCGGCGUCGCUAUACAGUGUCUACUCUCUGCCACCUAUUGCCCAAGAUCUUCCAUCUUGUUCAAUGCUGGUCCACGCGUGUUACAAGCAUAACUCCAAACAUUCCCUACAAGUUGCUGAGGCGCUUGUUCCUCGUCUGCGAACUCUGCUGGAGUCUCGGCCUCCCCUCAAGGUCAAGAAGGAAUCCCCGAGACUCGCUCAAGACCCGUCACCUAAAUGGCUUUUGUCGUCAUUGAAACAGCUCGACCAGGUGUUGUACGAGAGGAAUGGGCGCAAGGCAGAAGAGUGGCUGAGAACUUGGAGAUCCCAGAGUGGAUAUGCCAAACCUAUCGAUACGACAACUGCUACUACUAGCUCUCCAUGA